AUGGGUAUUGAUCUUAAAAAUGUUGGUAGAAUAAAAAAACAUGGAAGGAAACACCUGGUUUCCAAAAACCCAUACCUUAGGUUAUUAGUAAAGUUGUACCAAUUUUUAGCUAGAAGAACUGACAUCAACUUUAACAAAAUAAUUGCCAAAAGGCUUAUUAUGCCUAAACGUUUUAGACCCCCAUUGUCAUUAUCAAAAUUACAAUCUCAUAUGAAAAAUCAUAAAGAUAGUGUAGCUGUCGUUGUUGGGUCAAUAACAGAUGACAAGAGAUUAUUCAGUUGUGAAAAUUUAAAGGUUUGUGCAUUGAGAUUUACCGAAACCGCUAGAAAAAGAAUUCUUGAUGCAGGAGGAGAAUGUUUAACAUUUGAUCAACUAGCUUUGAGAUACCCAACUGGAAAAAACUGUAUACUUUUAAGAGGCCCAACUAAAGCAAGAACUGCUGAAAAACAUUUUGGCAGUGCUCCAGGUAGACCCAAAUCAAAAGCUAGACCAUAUGUUCGUUCAAAGGGAAGAAAAUUUGAAAAAGCUCGAGGAAGAAGAAAAUCUAGAGCAUACAAGAAAUAA